CGCGCACGACUGUGGAAAAUGAGUGCUAAAUAAACUGACGCACUCGAGUUUGCUGCCAUGUGUGCAAACAAAUACAAAAAUUUGCCUGUUUGGAAAUUUGAUCAUUUGUCUGCAUGCAAACGUGCAGAACUGAUUCAAGAAAUAAAUGAGGAAAAAGUCAAAUCAAGUCAUCUCCUUUCACAAAAGCACUAAAAAGAUCCUCCUGGAGGUACUGUGGACUGAGCGGAGCCUCAGCGGGGAUCGAACUUAGGUGUGAAUGAGUGUCAAUUGUUGUUUAUCUACAUGUGGCCUAGCUAACAUCCAACUAAAAUGGCUUCCAGUAAAAACAAUACAACAAAAUAUUCUUAAAAGUGAAAUAGCCAAGCCCGUUUUUUUCCUACAGUACACCAAAAUCAGCUUUUCGUCCCUUAAAAUUGCCCAGCAGUUGCGAGUCCAUUCCCCCCCGCCCCCCCCCCCGAUUGUGCUUAAUUGGAAACAGAUUUUUUUCUUCCCAGUAACUUGUUAAACGAGAGAAACAGGAAGGGAGUGGGGAGGGGUUGGGGGGGGGACUCAAAAGUGAGACUCUAUAUUCCUUCCCGAUUCACCUUUUCUAUAUUAUCAAAAUAUUUCCUCCUGUCUGACUAUGCUGGCUCAGCUUAUAUAUGUCCCAUUGAUCCUAAAAAUGGUCUCAUAUUGAAUUUCUCCUGCCAUGAGAAACUAUUUGCCAUCGAGACAUUUUCAUCUGGCAACUGAGCGAGCGCCAUCUGUGAGCACUUACUAAGGUGUUUUAACCUGCUGCUUCUCGCGUAUUAUAAAAGCGCUAAAGCCGCAAAACACUGAACAAUGCGCUGUUCAUUUGUCUCACAACAAAAUGACAUGUUGCUUACAUUUAUUAGUUUGAAAGUUCUGCAGCCUCUUUCUAAGUUGUCUGGCUUUCGUGUGGCAACUGAAACCAUCGAUUCUUCACGUGGCAUUUUGAACUGAAACUACGAUAUGAAAAUACAGUUGAAGAAAAUCGACAUCACAAAUGUCAUAGUUCCUCUCUUUGACAUGCUGUUUGUAUCUCUAUGACAUUAGCGCCCUAAUUUUUUAUUGCCCUUGAGUUCAAGGCUUAGUCAAGUUUGAUGUCAUUUUUCCCUUGAAGGCGAUGCUUUCAUUAUCAACAACAAAAGUAGAAGCUCAUAAAUUCCCGGUUUCCCGGACAUUGCAAUCCUUCCUACCUUUCUGAUCUUCUUUGAAGGCAUUCCUGAGCGGGAUGGAGAUCAUCCAUGAAUAUGCGAAGGUCCGCAGUGACUUCGGCCGUCAGUGUCUCUUUUCAGAUCGUCAUGUGGAGAUGCUAGUCGAUAUUCCUCCCAACCCAAAGCUGGCAUUGCAGUUUGUCCUGAAGACGACAAGAGACCUAGGAGUGCAAGGCUGCUUUGAAAUGUCUGAGCAUGAGGUAAACACAGAUAGAUUUGAGCAUGAAAACCAGGGAAUAAAUCACUUGGAAGGAGGCUGGCCCAAAGAUAUCAACUCACUUGAGAUGGAACAAACUAUUCGUUUCAAAAAGAAGGUGGAGAAAGAUGAAAUUUACAUGAAUAGCGUCCUGGUGCUCGGCGAGCUUAUAGCACAAUGUGUUGGACAGAACAACGCUGUGGACAUCUACCAAGAGUACUUUAAGAAUGAGCAAUUAUUGGACGAGCUUCAGGAAGUCCCUUCUAUCGAGAUUGUCAAUAAAUACAGAGACCGCAGCAAGGUUAAACGAAGCGUCACCUGUUUUUCUUGGCAACCUGGAGGAGGCGCAAAGCUGGCGGCUGCUUACUCCUGCCUCGACUCGCAGAAGUUUACAGCAGAUAUGAGUGCAGACUCAUACAUCUGGGACAUGAUGAGUCCCAACUACCCUCAGGCUGUUCUCCAAGCGACGUCUCAACUCGUAUGUCUGACUUACAAGCCUCGAGAUUUGAACACGCUUGUCAGCGGGUGCCGCAAUGGACAGAUUAUGUUAUGGGAUGCCCGUGCUGGCCAUCAAGCUACGGGGGUUUCCCCUUUGGAGGAGAGUCACACAGAUCCUGUUUACAAGACGAUGUGGUUGGAAUCCGAUGAAGCCUUCUCUGCAUCCACAGAUGGACAGAUUCUGUGGUGGGAUGUUCGCCACCUGAGCAAGCCCAUAGAACGGCUGAUUCUAGACAUCAAAAGGAAGGACGACCUCGAUAACGCUUUAGGAGCCAUUUCUCUGGGCUACACCGCUACCUCGCCAAACAUGUUCCUAGUGGGGACAGAACAGGGGGCAGUUUUGUCCUGUAAAAGAGCCGCUGAGAUUCCGACUGAGAGGAUUAUAUGUACGUACGAUGGCCACCAUGGACCUGUCUAUGCCCUCCAGAAGAACCCUUUCUUUCCCCAGAACUUCCUAACUGUGGGAGACUGGGGGGCCCGAAUUUGGUCAGAUGAAAUCAAGGAGACAGCAAUCGUGUGGACAAAACACCAGAAUGCAAAUCUAACAGAUGCCUGCUGGAGUCCAGUCAGACCCUCGGUCUUCGUCACCGUGAAUAUGGACGGAUGGCUGGACAUCUGGGACAUCUUGUUUAAGCAGAACGACCCCACUAUUAGUUUCAAGGUGCGGGAAGAACCUCUGUGUACCGUCCAGGUGCAUGAGGCUGGGUCCAAGGUGGCCUGUGGUUCUCAGCUGGGUGUCAUCUCGCUCAUGAAAAUCUCCUCAGGACUGUGCACCGAACAGAACAAUGAGCAGGACCUCCUGAGCGAAAUCUUAGAACGUGAGGCGAAACGCGAAAAGGUCCUCAAGGCUCAGAGAGGAGGGGACGAGGGCGAGACCGACGAUCAAACUCUCAAGGAGCUGAUCCUGAAACCUGAGUAUGACUUCUACAAUCUGUUGGACUCGGAGCAGAGGAGGAAGCAAUGGGAUUCCAGACAACGGCAUUACAAAUAGAUCGGAGAAGCAGACAGCAGAUGACGACAAGAGUCCAAGAAGAACUAACAAAACUUUGUGGUGCUCAGCAAGAUGGUCAUCAUUUCUCAAGUCGAUCGACCAGAUAUUAUCAAGAAGUCUUCUUCCAUUGCAGAUUUUCUUUGUCAAACCCAGAAACAAUUUAUGUCAGACAAACAUUUCAGAGAAUACUUUCCAAGGACAGUUUUAGUACCUUGAGCGUGGGAAGUCCAAGUCGUUGAUAUAUUGUGGCAAAGAUGAGCAAGCAGAGGCGACGCCCACACAGAAAACAAGGAAAACACCAGAGAAGGGAAAAACCGACCUACUGCUCGAAUCCUGACAGUAAAACUCGAAGAAGGAAGGAA